CACGAGGCCUGUAGUUUGAAAGCUGUCUGGGCCCUGGCGACCUGUACCGUUAGCCAUAUUACGAACAAAGUUAUAACAUUUUUUUAAUUAAUUCAAGGAAUUUUGAGACAUCAUACGCGGCAAGAGGUCUGCUAUUUUGGGGUAAUAUUGUUGAUGGAUGGAGCAGCAGCCCGGAUAGACACGUUAAACCAGACGUGUCUUUGAAUGGCAUUGUUUUCCUGCCUGUAGACUGAGUUGCAUUGAACUCAAAGCAAGGAGAAAAGAAAGCUAGCUACGUUGCUAGCGGCGAGCUAGCUAGCGGCGAACUCGCGUGCUAUUCACUUCCUUGUUACUUAUUGAAGUGUGAUGGAAGGCGAGAAGAAGUUUGUGAGAAGAAGACUUUAGUUUAUUUUUUACUCACACUUUAACAUUAUCCGAUGAAUGGAUUUACAACAAUGUAUGGAUCGUUACUUUUUAGAAGAACAUUGUUUUGAAUGUGGAGACGCUCUGGGCCUGUGCGUUCACCACGAAAUGGAAUGCGACUGUGUAAGUGAGCCCUUAGCUAGUUGAGACUAGCUGGCUAAACUGACUAGCAUUAGCUAUAUAAUUUUUGAGAUGUCCGUUUUGGAGUACAAUGGCUAAGUAUCGAUUUGUUCUGUGAUUAGACGUUGUAUUAUAAUUGAGAGUGGCAGAAUCUUUUGACACCGAGUGUCACAAAUCGCCGUCAAGAUUAACCCAGUUUCUUUGGAACCUCAAUCGUAUUAGCCUCGUUAUGCUAAAGCUGUAUAAUUGUGAAUUUGCUGUAACGUCAGCUAAGUAGCCUGUUACACAGCUAGCCCAAUGUUUUGUUCUACGACACAAGAAGGGACAUAAUUUAGAUAAAUCACACUAGAUAGUUAUUUUAAAUUUGGCUUUAGCCUUUAUUUUAAAGAUAAAUGCCCAAUUCAGAGGUGCUUCGGGAAGGUCGGGGACGGAGCCCCUCUGCACAGCGAAAUGCUAACAGGCUGGACAGGCGUAGUAAACCUGGGAGCGGUGCCGCUCAGCGAGACAGGCGCCGUGAGAAGAGGCGGUCAUCGGCUUCUAGGAGAAAGAAACGUAGGCAACCCAAGGAAAGAGUUCUGUGGCAUACCGGUACAACAGAAGACCCCGACAAUGACAGAAAAGGCGCUUUUGAAAAAGAGCUCGAACUUCGGACUUUGGUAGAAUAUGACGACGUAAGCUCCCAGUCAGAGCGUUUUUCUGGGAGCCCCUCUCCAAAACUUGACCCCCAGGCUGACAGUCUGUCAGUGGAUCGACUCAGCGAUGUUGACUUAGGGGACUAUAAUGGACCAGCAUCCCCAGACAGAGGUCGUCUGAGAGACCGAGAGGCAGUAUGCCUCGGCAAGAACGAACAAACAAGAGGACCACCUGAGAGGAACAAGCAAGACAAGGAGUUUGGUAGGAAAAAAGACCACCAUAGUCGUGAGAGAGACUCGUCGAAAGUCAGGAGUGGAGGUAGCCUGAGUGGCUCUAAAAAUCACAGAGACACUACAAGAAGCAGUGACAGAAAUGGUAAAAGGACAUCUACAUCUCAGUCAUCACAAUCUGCAGAUAAAAAGGAUUCAAAAAGGCACAGAAGUAAAACAAGAUCUGACAAAGAACCCCCAUCUGCAUACAGAGAUGCUCCACAGUCUUAUAGAGAGGAACGUGAAGACCUCAGGGCAUACAGGCGAAGUCCUGGUUUUAAAGCAGAAAGUCCCUAUGGGACAUCAUAUUCAUAUAGCUACCAGUCUCCUGGUGGUUAUAACCAGCUGAUAUCCAGAAGAAGUCCAACUUACGGAAGUAAAAGACUUUCACCUAGUUCCACAUACUACAACCGGGAUAUAGAUGCAUAUGGGCCGUAUGGGGUGCCAAAGUCACCCAGUUCAUACUCUAGCAACAAGAGGAAGCGGUCCCCAGUGAGCCCAGUGAACUGGCGCAGGUCACCAAGUUAUGGUCGUCACAGUCCAUACGAACAAGGAGAGUUUAUCUCAAGUCCUUAUGGAACUCGCAGAAGAUCACGAAGUCCUUAUAGGAAGUCUCUGAGCCCAAGUCCAGAUGUCAGACGAUCUGCUAGGUCACGCAGCAGAAGUCCAUAUUCAACCUCAAGGCAUUCACGCUCCCACAGUCGUCACCGCCACUCUCGCUCACGCAGUCGCCCCUCCAGCCUUUCACCGAGCACACUCACAUUCAAAUCCAGCCUUGCUGCUGAGCUUAGUAAGCAGAAAAAGGCUAAAGCAGCAGAAGCAGCUGCCAAGGCCAAGAACUCAAGCAACACAUCAACUCCAACUAAGGUUUCCUCAUCUGCUCAUCAGCCCAGCCCUAAACCAAAUCACACAUCCAGAAAGGUGCGCCCUCCUUCUCCACCUCAACCAGAGAAGGGACCCAGAACUCCACCUUUGAGCCGGCCUCAGUCCCCUGCUGACAGAACGUCCAAGAAGACCACUGAGCACGAGACCAGCAGGGACAGAGAUGGAAAAGGGAAGGACGACUCUGUACACCGAGAUAAGAGGAAAGCACCAGCACCUGGACAGAUCAAAGACAAGGAAAGAGUUGCAGGUCCAGUUAUCUCCACACUACCAUUGUUACCAUUGCCCCAAACAGUUGCUGAACAUGUGGACAAAGGAGAAAGCGUGAAGGACAGUUUACUCUCAGUGAAGAAGAAAUCAGAAAAAAAGGCUCGUCCUCUUCUGACUGACUUACCUCUGCCCCCUGAACUUCCAAGUGGCUUAUCUUCCCCACACAGCCCACCCGAGGAUAAGAAGUCCCAAACUCUACGUCGCAGACCUAAAAUUUGUGGCCCCAGAUAUGGUGAAAUUAAGGAAAUUGCAAUUGAUUGGGGAAAACGUUGUGUGGACAAGUUUGAGAUCAUUGGCAUCACAGGGGAAGGUACCUAUGGUCAAGUGUACAAGGCCAAAGACAAAGACACUGCUGAAAUGGUGGCUUUGAAGAAGGUUAGACUGGACAACGAAAAAGAGGGCUUUCCAAUCACAGCCAUCAGAGAGAUUAAAAUUUUACGACAGCUUAACCACAAGAGCAUCAUAAACAUGAAGGAAAUUGUCACAGACAAGGAGGACGCUCUGGACUUCAAGAAUGACAAAGGUGCUUUUUAUCUGGUUUUUGAAUACAUGGAUCAUGACUUGAUGGGUUUGCUCGAGUCAGGCCUGGUCCAUUUUAAUGAAAGCCACAUAAAGUCUUUCAUGCGACAGUUGCUCGAGGGCCUGGAUUACUGCCAUAAGAAAAACUUUCUGCACAGAGACAUCAAGUGCUCCAAUAUUCUACUCAAUAACAAAGGUCAAAUAAAGCUCGCAGACUUUGGUCUUGCUCGGCUGUAUAACUCUGAGGAGAGCCGACCCUACACCAAUAAAGUGAUCACGCUAUGGUACCGUCCCCCCGAGUUGCUCCUGGGAGAAGAGCGGUACACACCAGCUAUCGAUGUGUGGAGCUGCGGAUGCAUUCUUGGAGAGCUGUUCACAAAGAAACCCAUAUUUCAAGCUAACCAAGAGCUUGCACAGUUAGAGCUCAUUAGCCGAAUAUGUGGCAGCCCCUGUCCUGCUGUCUGGCCAGAUGUAAUAAAGCUUCCCUUCUUCAACACCAUGAAACCAAAGAAGCAAUACCGGAGGCGAUUACGAGAGGAGUUUGCUUUCAUCCCGCCAUCUGCUCUGGACCUCUUCGACCACAUGCUAAACUUGGACCCCAGCAAACGCUGCACAGCUGAACAAGCACUGAGCAGCGAGUUUCUCAAAGAUGUGGAUCCAGACAAGAUGCCUCCACCAGAUCUUCCACUCUGGCAGGACUGUCAUGAGCUUUGGAGUAAGAAACGCCGACGGCAGAAGCAGAUGCCAGAAGAAUUGGUGGCCCCUAAGGCGCCCCGCAAAGAGCUGGGUCUUGACGACAGCCGUAGUAACACUCCACAGGGCUUCUCUGCCCCUGGAGCUAUCAAAGCCCAGAAUGCAGCAGCUUCUGCACUGCUUGACCCAAAGGGUCCAAACUCACAGUUAACCCAGGAACAGCUGGCGGUCCUCCUGAACUUCUUUGGGCAGCCCAAGAGUGCAUCCAACACAGCCCAGUUUGUCCAGUCUAUGAGCACAAAGGUUAACCAGGAGACGUUACAGCAGCUUACUAAAGCCUUAGCUCCCUCUGACCCAUCUGAGCCUCCUAUUCAGCCUGCACCCACCAAGCCUCCCCAGCCUGCUGUCCCAGCAGGAGUACCUCGUACACCUCCGAUGCCCAAGCCUCCUUCACCCCCCAUGUCUGCACCAUCAAGUAUUUUAGAGGGCGAGGCUGCAGCUGCCACACAGACGGCCAUGACUAUGCUGCUCGCACAACUCCUGCAGGCUCAACAGGUUCAGAGACAAGAGCCAAGUGAUGGAGGAGAAGGAUCAGAGAGCACCAACCCUGCUGAAGCUGGAGCAGCAGCUGCACCGCUUCCACCUCCAGAGGUCAAACAACCCCCAGAGCCCAGCCCGGUGUCUCCAGUGUCUGAAGUCGGUGGUGUGUCUAUCCUGCCCCCAGACCAGAGACCACCGGAGCCUCCAGAACCACCCCCACAUGCUGACCUGGACUACCGGCAGCCAGUGCCUGAGCCCAAGACAGGCCAUGCUCCCCCUAUUGCUUCUGCAAGUGGAGGUGAUGGAGGGAGACCGCCAGAGCCAGACUAUCCACCCCUCCCUUCUGCUGAGGGUUCGGGAUACGGGGGUGAAUACAGUCAUCCACCUCCUCCUCCUUUUCCUCCAGGGUUUGGGGAUAGCUACAUGGGUCACAUGUUGGGUGGAGGCCUACCACCUCACGCUCUCAGAGAAGUGUUUAGCGGGCCUGGACAGGUUGCCAGCUCCUCAACUGCCACUGGGGUUCUGCCACCAGCCCAUCCAGAACCUUUUCCUUCUGGAGCAGCCACAGCAGCAACUGGUCCCAGUAGUAUGGUUUUCACUGGGGACAAAGACCACCGGUUUGAGUACAAUCAUAGCCCUUUACCUGUGGAGGGACAGGCCAAGCCAAGUGCUAUCCACCUGUAUAACCAUGCCAUGGCUAGAAAGGAUGGUGUACCUCCUCCACCACCCAUCCCUGCUCCAGGACAACCCUGGGGCUCCCCUUCCCAAGUUGGGGCUCCACCACUACCCCUUGGCUUUGUUCCACAUGUGAACUCUACAGCAACAAUCAGAGGACGAGGGCUGCCUUUCUGAAAUACUGAAAACUUUAAAUGCAACAAAAGGCUAAAGGACUGUGUUUUGAAACUGAAGCCUCUUGAGGCCAGAUUAGAUUGAUCUGGAGAUUCAUAUUCAGUUUAAAUAACUUAAAUUUGUUAAGGCAUUGUAUUCUUUCCUCAAUCUGGAAUAUGAUGCAAAAGGACUGAUGAAUAACACCGAAGGAGCUUUUCUUGCUCAUACCGUUUUCGUAUUUUUUUUUUUUUUUUUUUUUUUUUUUUGUAAUCUAUUCUGCUGUCUUUUGAAUUAAACUUUUACCUUCUUUUGGUUGUACAUUAUCUGGCCAGGUAAAUUUUAAAUCUCUAUCUUAGCCUUUCUGUAAUGCCCCAGGACAGAGUAGUAUUAAUGUUUUGCACUACUGACUAAGUAGACAGAGACUAUUUUGACUAUGAAAGGAAAUGGAUGGACAAUGAAUUUAGGAAUAUGACCGGUAAUGUUUGUUUUUUUUUUUAUUUUUGUUUUUUCCCUUUCUAUGAUCAAAACUAUAUUCAGAUAUUGAUGGCUCAUUUGAUUGGGCUGUUGGAUGGGAUGAGGACUGAAAGCACUUGUAUAACUGCAACAAAUCUGAUCUUACAUCAUGAAGAAAAGGCUGUUUUCAUUUUGAAUUCACAUGCCAUUUUUGGCCAUAGAUGUUGUAAAAUCAUAAAACAAGCGCAUAAACCUGAGUGCAAAAAAAGAAACUUUUUUUUUUUGUACUAAAAUGAUUUGUCCCCUUCCCUCCUUUGGCAAAUGUUUAUUAAAGAAAUGCCAACAGUG